AUGAUAGCUAUGGUUCUCUUGUUUGUGACAGUGAUAUUGAUUAGUCUUUCUGGGGUUUCCACGAGUGCUGUUUACAGGGUGGGAGAUUCUGCUGGGUGGACUAUCAUAGGCCACCCUGAUUACAGAAAGUGGGCUUCUACCAAGAGGUUCCAUGUUGGCGAUACUCUCGUGUUCUAUUACCACAAGCAAUACCAUGACGUGAUGGAAGUGAGCCACCAUGACUACAUUCACUGCAACAUAAACUCUGCGAAGGCUUUCUACCACUCUGGUUCAGAUUCAAUCACCCUCACCAAGCCAGGGAACUUUUACUUCAUUUGUAGCAACGCUGGCCACUGUUUAGCUGGACAGAAACUUCACAUUAAGGUCCAUCAUACUCGACAUCCAUCAAGCAGUGAUACUGAUGAGGCAUUCCCAUGA